GUGUCGAGGAGGCGGGAAAACAAAGCUCAUCGGCGCCGGAGAAACCUUUCGCUCGCUAAUUCGCUGCCAUCGCCAAUGGGUAUCAAGGGUUUAACGAAGCUUUUAGCCGACAAUGCGCCUAGCGCCAUGAAAGAGCAGAAGUUCGAGAGCUACUUCGGUCGGAAAAUAGCUGUUGAUGCAAGCAUGAGCAUUUACCAGUUCCUUAUUGUGGUGGGGAGAGCUGGGACUGAGAUGCUCACCAACGAAGCUGGUGAAGUCACUAGCCAUUUGCAAGGGAUGUUUAAUCGAACCAUUCGUCUUCUCGAAGCUGGAAUUAAGCCUGUGUAUGUUUUUGAUGGAAAGCCCCCGGAGUUAAAGAGACAAGAACUAGCCAAACGUUACUCCAAGAGAGCCGACGCAACUGCAGAUUUGAGUGGUGCAAUUGAGGCAGGAAACAAGGAGGACAUUGAGAAGUACAGCAAACGAACUGUGAAGGUGACAAAGCAACACAAUGACGACUGCAAAAGACUCUUGAAACUCAUGGGGGUCCCCGUCGUUGAGGCCACUUCCGAGGCAGAAGCGCAAUGUGCUGCACUUUGCAAAGCAGGAAAGGUGUAUGGUGUGGCUUCUGAAGAUAUGGACUCCUUAACUUUUGGAGCUCCUAAGUUUCUUCGCCACCUGAUGGAUCCUAGCUCCAGAAAGAUCCCUGUCAUGGAAUUUGACAUUGCCAAGAUUCUAGAAGAGCUUCAACUUACCAUGGAUCAGUUCAUCGAUUUGUGCAUAUUGUCAGGAUGUGACUAUUGUGACAGCAUCCGAGGUAUCGGAGGGCAGACUGCCCUAAAGCUCAUUCGCCAGCAUGGCUCUAUUGAGACAAUACUCGAAAAUAUAAACAAAGAAAGGUAUCAGAUACCCGAGGAAUGGCCAUAUAAUGAAGCUCGUAAACUUUUUAAAGAACCUGAUGUCUUAACUGAUGAAGAGCAGCUCGAUAUCAAGUGGACCUCUCCAGAUGAAGAGGGUAUAGUUCAGUUUUUGGUGAAUGAAAAUGGAUUCAACAUAGAUAGGGUAACCAAGGCGGUGGAGAAAAUCAAAUCUGCAAAGAACAAGUCAUCCCAGGGAAGGUUGGAGUCAUUUUUCAAGCCAGUCGCUAGCUCAUCCGUGCCUGCUAAAAGAAAGGAAAUCCCUGAGAGUAACGCUAAAGGAGCAGCAAAUAAGAAAACUAAGGGAGGUGGUGGGAGGAAGAAGAAGUAAAUCACCAUCCAAGUUGUAACAAAAUUGUAUAAGUUAGUUCGUUUUCUGCUGCAAAGAUCUGGGGGGGAGAAGAUCAAUAAACAGUGAUUGUUAUUCCUAGGUCUAAGUGGUCUGUUUGCUUCUUUGCUUUUCUCUGUUUUUCAGUAAUCAUUGUUAGACUCUGCUUUCGCAGUGGUAGAAAACCCAGCCAGGUUUGGACUUCAUUUGCAUCUAUAUGGUUUAUGUGAAGUUAUCAACUUAUGAUCGUGAGUUGUAAAAAGCUUGUGAUAUUCUCUUA